AUGGUAAAAAUCAGAGAAAAGGAUAAACGAACACGUGAAGAAUAUUUCGACAUGACAUCAAAGGAGCAAAAAUUAGAGAAUGAGAAAACUGAUGAGCCUGAAUAUUUACAUAUCGGUGAUAUGACAGAAAAAUGUCAAUAUUGCGAUCCUUCCUGUUUUAAAAAUGAAAAGGGGAGAUCUACGAACACUCGCUUUUGUCAUGGAAUAUUUAAGCUGCCUGAACAUAAUGCAUAUCCACAAGAGUUGAAAGAUUUACUAUACUUACGGUGA